CACGUGCACGUUUUAUGAAUCCGCUGAUCUGAUUGGCUGCAGAGGCGGAACUUCCGGCAGCACCGGUUGGACAGUGGACACAGAGUGAGAGUUCAGCAGCUCCCCAAAAUCGGGAGAAAGUCCAAAGAACAUCGAAAUAAGAUUGUGAUGAUUCUCACAAAUGGACGACAUCAACCUCCAUUAUCGCUUUUUGAACUGGAGAAGGCGAAUACGAGAAAUUCGUGAAGUACGACCAGUGCGCUACCGAGAGCGCCUGAAAAGAAUGCUGAGGGAUGGUGAUGUGCUGAGGUACCAUGGGAAUUCAGAUGAAGUUGGCUGUUUUGUGGCGGCGAGGCCAUUGUCAAAGAGAAGUCGGUAUUUUGAGGUCACAAUCGUUGAUACGGGAGUGAGGGGGAUGAUUGCUGUUGGUUUAGUGCCUCAGCUCUACAAGCUGGACCAUCAGCCGGGCUGGCUCCCAAAUUCCGUGGCUUUCCAUGCAGAUGAUGGCAAGCUCUACAACGGCAACACUGUAGGACAACAAUUUGGUCCUAAAUGCUGCAGAGGGGACCGAAUUGGCUGUGGAAUAUCCCUGGACUCUGAUGAUGGACAGUUGACUGUGUUUUUUACCAAGAAUGGUAAAGAAGUUGGCAGCUUGGACAUGCCAGCAGCUGAAGCUCUCUACCCUGCGGUAGGAAUGCACUCGCUGGGGGAGGAAGUACUGCUGGACCUGCAUGCUGAGUGGGGAAUGGAGGAGGAUGACGGACUGAUGAUAGUAGACAGCCAUGAAGAUGACUGGGGCCGCCUCCAUGAUAUUAGAGUGUCUGGCACCCUGCUCGAGUACAUGGGCAAAGGGAAGAGCAUUGUUGACGUGGGCUUGGCUCAGGCCCUUCGGCCACUCAACACACGCUUCCACUACUACGAGCUGGAGAUCACAGACGCUGGGGAGAAGUGUUACAUCGCCCUUGGUCUGGCACGCAAGGAUUAUCCGAAAAACAGACAUCCAGGUUGGAGCAGAGGGUCCAUAGCUUAUCAUGCUGAUGACGGGAAGUUGUUCCAGGGCAGCGGAGUCGGCGACGCCUUCGGUCCGCGCUGCUUCGAAGGAGACCUCAUGGGCUGCGGCAUCAUGUUUCCACGUGACUACAGCAACGAGGGCAGAGAUGAUGUGGACGACUGGGACCUGGAAGCGUUUCCACGGCCCAGUGAGGUUCAGAACGACUUGUACGCGGGCAACGACGAGGACGAGGAGGAGGAGGAGGACGGGGAGGGGGAAGACUUGGAGGGUACCAAGGUCACGGUGUUCUUCACCCGGAACGGAAAUGUGGUGGGACGCAGGGAGGUGGCUUUACCAGCAGGAGGCUUCUACCCGACUAUCGGCAUGAUGAGCACCGGGGAGAAGGUCAAAGUGGACCUGCACCCCCUCAGUGGCUGAACGCCACCACGGGACUCCAUGACCUCAUCGUCAACAGGCUGCUGCACGUUGCUUGUUGAAGUCACGUCAGGAUAGAACUGUGGCCUUCUCAUGCUGUAAGAGUCAAAUAACUUUGAUUCAAAAUGAUCCAAAUGUAUAUAUUUUUUGAGGUUGUAAUUCAGGAGUGUCCAAGCUUUUUCCUCCAAAGGCUGCUUACUGAAAAAUGUAAGGGCCACUUUGACAUCUUCAAUUUAUUUAACACACACAAUCCAUCAGUGUAGUUAAACUUAUGCAAAGCAAUUAUACAUAUAUUUUUUAUUUAUACUGCAUGAAGUCAAGGAUUUUUCCAGAUUUUGUCUUUAUCCCGGUAGAAUAGAUCCCUACAGUGAGCACCGUAGAAUUCCGUCUCCACCACUGGAACCAAAUCAAGAGCAUUCUGGACGAAGCUGACCUCGGCGCCGCACCUUACCAAAUGAUGCGUGAUUGGUUGAAAGAGAGAUGACAGGGAACUUCCUCUUCUCUUCUCCUGCCUUGCCACCCAGUGUAGAAAUUAUGUAGUACAAUGCAGGCAAACUACAUGGGGCUGUGUCACACAUUAAUUUAAGUCUAUGCCACAGGCUGGCAAAAAAAAAUGGAUGAAGGGCUGCAAUGACCCCCAGGCUGUAGUUUGGACACACCUGUUUAAUAGAAUCACACAGUGUGAUGUUGAUUUUCUAUACAAAAAGAAAGAUCGCAAACACAAUUGACACUAUUUCCGCAUUUGCGUGUAUGUUGCCUAACUGUGUGCGCUGCACGUCCCAUAACUGGUGCAUUGCUGACACUUAGUGGUCAGAGUCCUGUAGUGCGGUCAUUGGUUCAGUGCAUGGCCUGCCUGAAAAUGUAACAGUCUAUAAUAACGCAGUGUUUCCCAAUCUUUUCUUGACCCAAGGCACAUAUUGUACGGCACACCACCAAACAAAAAUGUAACAAAAAUAAUGUAAUGAAAUAAUUUACUUCAGACAAAUUUACUUAGUGUGAAAUCUGGGCCUGUUAAAUUGGACACAGAGCUAUUAUUCUGUUGUUAUUCCGAAGUUAAUUGUACUUUCUGCCAUUUAUUGGAAAAGCAAUUAAAUGUUACACCUGUCACGAUAUGUCGCUGGCAUGGAUAGAUGGAGAAAAAUACUUUGUCUAAAAGAAUUUUCAGAUAAUUGUAUAAUUUUCUGCAACCUGAUGAUCGCUCGCACAAAUGUGCUGGGGCAUAAUGGUUGGGAAACACAUCAUUAUGGCCAUUAACUCUAAUUCUCGGGCAAAAAAGCUUUAUUUCCCUCCAAUUAGGUGUUUUAAGUCUUUUUUUUUUUUGAGGGGGGGGGGGGGGUUUGAUAUGUCACUCAGUACAUGUUGAAACUGUGUUCUCGUUAUCAAACUACACAACAUUUUUGAUCAACACUAAAAGAUGUAAUACUGAAAGGGAAUUUUUAAUGGAAGGAUAAUUAAUGACCAAAAACAUGUACAGUUUAAAUGUAUUCUUGACAAUGAAGCCAUAACUAUAAUUUGUUGCUCUCAGGUAUAUUUAAAUAUCAAAACUGAUAAUGUUUUUAUUUAUUCAAGUCACAGAUUUCCAUUGCUUUGAGUCACGUUUUCACUUUUUGGGGGGUGAGUUAAUGCUGUUCUCUAAUAGUUUAGGAUUAUUGUUUGUGACAGUAAGACUUCCAAUUUUCACCUGUACUUCCUUUCAGCAGUUUUAGUUUCCUGGCCUCAAUUCUAUUCCUCCUCAGAUGGGCACAGAAAGAAUGUUGUGUGUAAUCUCCUCCCACAUGCCAAAAACAUGUAUGCUAGGUUCACUGAACACUAAAUUGAGCCGAGGUGUGAAUUUGGGGUAGGCGCCAUCUUGUGCCCUUCAUUAGCAUAAGCAGCGUAUAUAACGAUUGAAUGCAUGGUGUUGUCAUAGGAUUACAGGCUUUACAUUGAUGACUUUUCUUAAAAAUGUCUGCAUCCGAAGAGCCAUUCUAACCAAAGUGCCUGCAUGAAUACUUAAUGUUCUCAGAUCAGCAUGUACUGUGUUUAAUUCAUUAGUCUAAAGAAUGACACAUGGCCAAUGGCGCCUUCCUGCCUUUUUUCAUCCUCAGCUGGUGAUUUCAAAACUAAGUGCCUGUCACCAUUACCCAAGCCAUAUAGCUAGCUAUCUUGUGUGAAGCAAUCUGAUACAAGUAAAAAGAUGAUCAUUUUAGUUCACCAUUUGGAAUGUAUGUGUAGUUUUGACAUUUGCUGGUGCCUUUCAGGUAUGUUGUCAUUUUACAUACUAAAAUUAAAGUCUUAUCCUGUA